AUUUGUAACAAUAGUGUGUACUAAGUCCGUCUUUAUUAUCUAAUCACAACACUUGCGGCUAUGUUGCACUACGUGUACCAACUCUGGCGGAAUUUAUUUAUAAAACAACCAGUCGAGUGUAUUCCCCACUUUUAGCUGAUAAGGCGAAUUUAAAACAUUCCGCACACGUUUCUAACCUUGUUAAAUCGUGGCAAGUUGACAUUCAUAACUGGUUUUUCAAAAUGGGAGAAUUACCGGAGACUUUUGUGCCAGGGUUCCACAACGAAGCGGAAGUUAGGAAAAUGAAGUACAGCAAGUUUGGCAACACUGGAAUGAGCGUGUCGAAACUUUCACUCGGAACGGGCGGCUUCUGCUUGAACUAUGGGCAAUUCUCCCUCGAACAAUGCAAAACCACCGUCCACGAAGCCCUCAAAAACGGCAUAAACUACAUCGACACGGCCCCCUGGUACGGCCACGGCGUCUCGGAGGAAGUUUUAGGCAAGUGCCUCGAGGGAAUCCCCCGAAAAGCUUAUUACAUAGCCACGAAGGUAGCUCGCUACGAGGCCGACCCCAAACUGAUGUUUGAUUUCACUGCCAAGAAAACGAAAGAGAGCAUUGAGCUGAGCCUGAAACGGCUGGGGCUCGAUUACGUCGACGUGCUCCAAGUUCAUGACGUCGAGUUCGCGCCGUCUUUGGAUAUCGUGCUUAAUGAAACGCUUCCGACGGUUAAGGAGGCCCAGAGCCAGGGGAAGGCCAGGUUUAUAGGGGUCACUGGGUACCCGGUUUCCGUUCUGGCCGACUGUAUCAAGAGGAGUAGCGUGAAGAUUGAUAUGGUUUUGUGUUAUACGAGGUUGUCGAUGCUGAAUCAAACUGUUAAGGAGUAUCUGCCACUUUUCAAGGAAAAAAAUUUGGGCUUUGUGAACGCCGCAGCCCACUGUAUGGGCCUGCUGAGCAGCGCCGGGCCUCCAGAGUGGCAUCCAGCCCCUAAAGACAUUAGAGAUGUGUGCACAGAAGCUCGAGAAUAUUGCAAAAAAAACAACGUUGAACUCGGCAAACUAGCGCUGCAAUACGCUCUGCAAGAAGACGGUCCCCACACCAAUUUAGUCGGGAUGAAUACGACCGACCUGUUGAAACUAAAUCUCGAUGGGUACCACAAGGGCAUAACCCAGAAGGAGAAAGAAGUUUCCGAUUACGUCAAGAACAAGAUUCUUUCAAAACUCACGAAAACCGAUUGGGAAGGAAUCGAAGUUGCGCGCUACUGGGAAACCGUUAAAGGAUGAUACGUUUGACCUUGUUCCCAGUUUGAUUACUUGGAAACAAGUUCAACUUGCUUUAAAAUUUCUAUUUAAAUGUACUGUUGAAAUAACGCCUUCAGUUUCCUUAUAAUUUCUAUCCCUUUAUAAUGAAGUUCCACAGCAGCUGUAUCAACAUUGAGCUGAAUAAAGUUUCUACUUUGAAAA